CAAACUUAAUCUGUUGAGACCCCAGACUCCAGUCCCCAGCUCUACGUCUCUGCGUAAUUCCCCCAAAUUCCAACCCUAAUUCAAGCUCAACCAUGGAGUAUCCAUGGCGUUCUAGGCCUCCACCCGGUAAUUUCUGCCCAGUCUGCUCGCAUUCUCACUUCCCAUUCUGCACUCCCCCUCCUCCGCAAUACUUCCGGCCUCCACCACCGCCUCCGGAUCAAUAUUUCCGCAGUCCACUCCCCCCGCCCCCACCGCCUCAACAGCAAGCUUCAUAUGAUCCGUUCGUUGACCACCAAGGCGGCCCCACCGUCAUUCCUUAUCCACCACCUCCGGUACCGGCGCAAAUUCCGCCUCGGCCGUGGAAUAGUGACCCUAAUCACAGCAGUGAUUACUACGGAAAUCCAAAUUCUGGAUUGGAUCAUGAUAUUACUGGUCAGAUUGGUGUCAAGAGAAUGCGAUUCGACAACAGCAAUGACGGUUAUGUGGGUUCAUUCGCGGAAGACGAGAGGAGGUUGAAACUGAUUCGUGAUCACGGAGCUGUAAGUCACGGUUUAGACAGAAAAUAUGAUGGAGGAUGCAGCGUUCCGAAUCGUUCUUACGAUCAUAGCAAUUUCCAGGGGAUUGAGAGUGGUUAUCAAAAGGAAAUUAAUUCUAGCGUUAAUCAGAAGUAUGGGGAACCUCAAGCUUCAUAUUCGCAUAUCGACAAUAACAGACCACAUCACAAUCAAAACAAGGGUAGUGUGGUGCACAAUCAUUAUGGAAAUAGUCCUGGAGCUGACGGGUAUAGGAAUUUCAGACCGCCGAGAGGAAACCAUGAUAUUCCGGCAUAUGAUGAUUCAAGUUACCAAGACCAAAGAAGAAAUUUUUCUACAGAAAGCCUGGAGUACAAUAAUCAGUUCCUGCAGCCUCAUGUAAAGCAGCAACAUAGAAUGCAGCCCCAAUCAUCCUAUUAUGGUUUAUCUAAUCAGAGUGAGAAUAUGCGUCUUAUGCAGGAUGCCCCGGGGUUUAAGGCGCAGCCUCCACUGCCCACAUCCCCGCCACCACCAAUUCCUGUGGAACCACCAAGAUUUCCUUUCUCGGAGCCAGUUGCUUCAUCUGCUUCCGGGCCUGGCUCCUUGUUUCUGGGUGGUGUAAAUUCUGCAUCUUCUUUCCAUCCACCAUAUUCUAUGGUUUCUGAAUCCAUAACAUCAGUGUCUUCUCACUACAAUAGUAGAGGGUAUCCAAAUUCAAGUGGUUAUUAUCCAGAGGAAAUUCAAAUGGUAAGGAUGGCUUCAUCCAGGACAUUUAGUGGAGAAAGUGUAGACUUGCCCCCAAGGAAUCACUCAUUUGACAAGCCAAAAAUUAUUGAUGCAUCUCAUAUUUUGAAGCAUCCACACCGUGCUAGUCGCCCGGAUCAUAUUGUCAUUAUUCUGCGAGGACUUCCAGGGAGUGGUAAGAGCUACAUGGCCAAACUCUUGCGUGAUUUUGAGGUUGAAAAUGGUGGCAGCGCUCCACGGAUACAUUCCAUGGAUGAAUAUUUCAUGACAGAGGUUGAAAAGGUUGAGGAGAAUGAGGGCUCAAGAUCCUCUGGUUCAAUUAGAGGGAAGAAACUAGUUACAAAGAAGGUCAUGGAGUACUGUUAUGAACCUGAGAUGGAAGAGGCUUACCGGUCAAGCAUGUUGAAGGCUUUUAGAAAGACCCUUGAUGAAGGGGCAUUCCCCUUUGUAAUUGUGGAUGACCGCAAUCUGCGGGUAGCUGAUUUUGCUCAGUUUUGGGCAACUGCAAAGAGAUCAGGGUAUGAAGUUUAUUUACUAGAAGCUGCAUACAAGGACCCAGCGGGUUGUGCUGCAAGAAAUGUCCAUGGUUUUACUCAGAAUGACAUACUCCAGAUGGCUAACAAAUGGGAGGAAGCUCCAUCCCUUUAUAUGAAGCUAGACAUCAAGUCGUUGCUCCAUGGAGAUAAUCUGGAGGAGAGCGGGAUUGAAGAGGUUGACAUGGAUACAGAAGAUGGCAAUCAUAUUGGUGACACCUCAGGUUCCGAAGUUAUAAAUAUUGAAAAGAAUUCAAAACCUUCUGAAGGUGAUCUUACCACUGAUGGCCCAUCAUCAGAUGAGCAGAAAGGGGAUGGUGGAGAAGAACAACCAGUAGAGGUGGUAAAAGAUCUAGGAAAGAGCAAAUGGUCAAAUGAUUUGGAUGACGAUGAUGUUCGCAAGACUGAAACAACCAGGGGAAACUCCAGUGCCCUAUCUAGUUUAAUCAAGUCAUACAGCAAGAAAGGUAAAUCUGUGCGUUGGGCUGAUCAGAUUGGCAAAAUCGGAUUCUCGAUCAGCGCUGGAAAGACGAUAAAUGUAUCUCUCGUCAUUGGUCCUGGCUGUGGGUACAACUUGAAAUCGAAUCCCCUACCCGAAGAUGAGAAACUCAACGAAAGAUACACCGGAGAACCGAGGAGGCGGAAUGUCUUCCAAGAACAGCUGCGCGCCGAGCGCGAGUCGUUCAGAGCUGUUUUCGACAAGAGGAAACAUCGAAUCCGUGGGCUUGCUGUCGAUGAAGAAUAAUAGCAUUUGAUUUUGUUUUUAUAUGCUUGAACAGCUCGCUUAUCUUAGCAUUGUUGUAUAUUGUAGUAACAUGUUGUUGAGGGAAACUCCUUGUCUCCCAGUUUUGUUUUCUGCAACUUGUAACUAAAACUUGAGAUUCAACUUCCUUGUAUUCAUAGUGUUUAAAUCAACUUCUAAAACCCUUCUAAA